GAUUCUCCAUCACAGUUUGGUGCAUUAUUGCUUCACCACAAACAGCAACAUGUCGUGCAAAACUAUCUUCCUGUCGUUGUGUGUGGCGUUGAUCGCAUUUAAUGCUGUCGAAGCCACUCCCAAAAGAUUCGUCGUUAUCACGAAAAGCUCCAGCUUUUUCCAAGCGUGGCAUGAUUGCAACGAACUGGGAGCCUAUUUAGCUGCUAUCGAGUCGCCAAGCGAUCAAGCGCUUGUGGAGAAAGCGUUGGCCAGCUCUAGCAACCCGAACGGCACUUACUACAUCGGAGGAACGGACAUUGGCCGGGAUGGUCGCUGGAUGUGGAUUGGAUUGCACAGGCAGAUUAAGAACUUGGACUACAAGAACUUCUACCCCGGAGAGCCCAACAAUCUUGGUGGACGCCAGGAAUGCUUGACGGUUGGCAACUGGAAAGGUGAGCAGCAGCGUGGAAAAUGGGACGACGCGGAGUGCGAUAAGCAGCUUGAUGGAUAUGUGUGCACACACCCCGCAUCUUGA